CAAGCUCUGACAUCACUUUUGCUCUCACACGCCCCCUCGGUUCUUUUAAAAGUCAGUCUUGCGGAGUCGCUGAGCGUUGCAGCGAAGUUUUGUUUUUUUUUGUUUAUAGUUUGAGAAAGAUUUCGAACGUUUCCGGCUCCUCGCCCAGCAGCCCCCGGAGAGAGAAGAGAAUGGUGCUGUACCACAAAGAGUUUGAAAAUGCUGGGAAGAAGGAAGGGAUCCAGGUCUGGAGAGUGGAGCAUUUGGAGCUAGCGCCAGUCCCACAAAGUUUGCACGGCAGUUUCUAUGUCGGGGACGCAUACCUGGUGAUGCAAACCAGAAUGAGGGGAAACAAUUUCAUUUACAAUCUACACUACUGGUUGGGCAAAGAGUGCUCUCAGGAUGAAAGUGGCGCCGCUGCGAUUUUUACGGUGCAAAUGGAUGACUAUCUGGGAGGGAAACCCGUUCAAUACCGAGAGCUGCAAGAUUACGAGUCCAAUACUUUUGUUAGUUAUUUCAAGGGCGGACUUAAGUACAAGGCCGGUGGUGUCGCUUCUGGUUUUACACAUAUUGUUACAAAUGACCUCUCUGCAAAGAGACUGCUGCAUAUUAAAGGCAGGCGGGUUGUCAGAGCAACAGAAGUUCCUCUCAGCUGGGCCAGCUUUAAUAAAGGAGAUUGUUUCGUUGUAGAUCUGGGGAAGGUAAGUUGA